ACCAUCAUGCCCGCACGUCGUUGGACAACCGACGCUGAGCUCGAGUUCUUGCUGUCUUAUCGAGAAUCGUUCCGGUCGCAUCAGCUCUCACACUCACUCCAACGUUUCUGGCCCGAUGUCUACAACGCGUGGUUCACUGCGUUCCCGGAGAAGUCCAGGAUCCUUCCAGACGUCGAGGGCGAGCUAUCAGAAGAACAGCAAGCACUGCUACAGAAGUCUAUCAAGACUCGUCAGAGGGUGCGUGCAUCUCUCGCGUGAUGACAGAUAUCUCACUGACGUACAUGCAAAGAAAAUCUACAAUUGGUACAAUAACCUAAAUUCGCAGCAAAACCGCAAGGACACCGAGUUGUACUCCCGUAAGUACUACAAGGAUCGGAUACAACCGCUGGUGGAGACCGAGUUGGGUGAGCGCGAGGUUUCGAAGGUUGAAAGAAUCGAGGUCAUCAAGCGGCGGACAAGGGAGGCGUACGAUGCCGAGGAUGCGGAGGUUAAGGCGGAGAUACAGGAGGAAAUACGCGCUCUUCGUGCCUCGAGAGCGGAGCGCGGCACCUCUGAGGGCGAAGGAACCGAGGAAGUCACGGAUGAGCAUGUUAUCAACGCCAUUGCUAGUCAAGCGUACGUAUCUCAAGCUUGUGAAUGUAUGUGCUAGACUCACCUCAACGUGUCAGACUGCUUGAUGAUCUACCUGCCAUUCUCCGUCAGAUCUUUCUUGAGCUGCAUCGUAAGACUGGUUGGUAUUUCUUGGUUCUGGCUGCUGGAGAAAUACCUGGGUCGGACGCAAAUGAUUAAGAUUCCAUCAGGAAGGGUCCGACGACCUCGAGCACAACAUUGGGAGACU